AUGCCGUUCUCCCUGAAGAAGAAGCCGCCAGGCCAGUACUCCACGCAGGUGUUCGUCGUCAAGAAGGCCGACAACAAGAGCGACGCCCUGAAAGACGCGAACCGCCUGGGGGCGCCCACCAAGACGGAUUCGCGCCUUCUGGCGUUUCGCGGCACUCGCCUGACAUGGCGCUGCGGCAACCAGUUUAGGAUUGGGCGCCUGGCCGUGCAGCACAUGCUGGAGAAGCUGGAAGGCCAACAGCUGCGCCGCCGCACCGCGGUCGCGAAACCCGGCAAGCGGCCUUCCAGGAAGACGGCCGAGUGGGAGCUCAAGGCCGCGGGGUACGCGUUCAUACGGGAGACGGGGCCGCGCACCAACAAUGCGAACCAGUUCAUGGAGUUCGCGGAUCGGGAGAGCUGUCGGCCAGAGUCCUAUAUUUUCGGGCGGGAGGAGGGCCGCGUCGAGAGAGCCCUGAACAAGUGCGCGAAGGGCAAGGCAAACGCCGAGGGCCUCGCGACCUGGAUCCCGACGCUUCGCGACUUCGAGCCUUGCUCCUCAACGGUGGGCGAGCUCGCGCCGACGGCCGUCACCGCCAAACAUUUCGCCAUCUUCAAGGCAGAGCCCGUGGCUCGCGUCAGGCCCGCCAUCUUUGACGACGACGAGCUGUCUGAGCAAUCGGCAUCUACCCUCAAAGCAUUCCUGAACCCGCGCGAGGAAGACGCUGCGAUUUGGGCUCGGUGGGGUUCGUCCGAGUUCGACACUGGGGCUUCGCGCCAGGUGCGCAACGACGCCUACGAAGAGCUCUUCGAGGCUGAGCUCGUCUCCAAAUUGAAGGAGAGCGCGCCGAAAGACAUGGGCAGCGACGACUUCAUGCGGCCGAUAAGGCCGUCGCUUCCGCGGGCGGAGGAGGACGGGGACUUGCUGGCCGCCGGCUCGCGGACGAAAUGCGCAGCGGUCAUGGACAAGCGGGUGUACUUCCGCCGUGCGAGGGAGGAGCAACGCCGCGUGCCUUGGUGGACCUACACCAACCCGGCAAAGCCAGACCUCCUCUGCCAGAAAUGCAAGGAGGCUUUCGGCAAGCACAGGAAAUGCCCGACCAAGCCCGCGCGCCCCGCCAGCUUCGAGGAUGACGCCAAGUGGUCGAUGGACCACCUGAAGCACCUCUUACAGCACAAGGACGCGCCGCUCGUGCCGACUGUCACGGGCGCGGGCAUCUUCCCCGCUGCCCCCGCGCCGCCCUCGGGGCGCGCGAGCCUGCUCGACAGCGUGGACAGAGACGAGCAGAAGGCGGCAUGCGAGGCAAUUCAGCAGGUUCUCUGGCAGAGGAGCGCGAAGGUCAGCGGAGAGCAGGCAGACUUGAUGUCGCCUCCCCGCAUGCGCUUGGCGACGGGGGCCCAGAAACUCACGGGGCGCGGUGGCGACCUCGGCCAGGUGGACGUCGACGAAUAG